AUGUUGAUUCCAACUACUUUGAGCAUCGGGGAUGCCACUUGGUCGCAAAGUGAGGACAAUGAAAGUGUAUUGGAAAUUCAGAUACCGAAUAUCGUCCCAACAAACGCCCGCCCGCGCGAUCUUUGUGUAGAGAUCAAGGACUCAGCGGUUCUUUGCAUUAGCCACGCCGGUAAACGUCUGCUUCAGUGGCGCCUUCAUUCCGCCGUUAACAACGAGGUGGAGUGGCGCGUUGAUAAUGCCGUAGUGGUGCUAGAUCUUGAGAAAAAGGUCCCGACGGUGUGGAGUUGCCUUUUGGACCUUCCCUUGUCGGAGGACGACUCGCUUUUAACCCCCUUAGAUGAAAUCAACAGGAUGUUUACUCAAUACUUCCCUAUGCUGCCACCAGUUGUGGAUGACGAGAGCGAGCCUAUGGCAGCUGAAAAGGUGAAGGACGAGCCUCAGGAAAUAAAGGAAAAUAAAGGGGAUGAUGACGAUCUCGACAAGCUCCUUCAGGAGGCCGCCGAUGAGAUUGUGAUGGAUAAAAAAGACGAAACGGACACUUACAGUGCAUUUGUGAGGGCCGAGCUCGAAAACUACAAACGUGAGGAGGAAGAGGUUAAGAAGAAGAGGGCCGAGUUGGAUGUACAGGCGAACGAUCCUAGCGAUCCUGCCGUCGCUCAAGUAUCUAAGGACCAAGUAAAGAUCCUAGAUAAAAUUCUAUUUUUGCACAAUGAAUGCCGGAAGCUACGUUCCCAGCCUGUUUCACUGGAAAAUUUUAUCCAAUGCACAAAGUUGGAUUUACAGAAAGCGCGUGUUAACAUUGGCGAAACCGGUGAGUCCGAAAACGAGGAAUACAAAACUGAAGAGGAGAAGAGUCUGAGCGCCGCCGAUCUGAUCAAGUGCGGCCUCCAUUUUUUAGAGGAUAAGGAUGUCAAGACCUGUUUACAUUACCUUCGUUUAGCAGCCAUUCACCACCAGAGCGAUCAGGCUACGAUGCUCCUGUAUAACAUCUACAGCCAGCUCGAAUCACCCCGCGGGUCCUCUUUGCUGCUCAAUCGCGCCCUGGACGACACGAACCCAAGCGCCUCCGCAAACCAGAAGCUGGGGGAGCUUUAUGACAAGGGUGAACGACACUUUCUGCCCCUUUUUCCCGCCGCGUUAUACUUCUUUGAGCGGGCCGCGAAGCUUGGUAGCGUAAGCGCGAUGCUCAGCCUUUCGCAGCUUUGGCUGCGCGGGAGCACCGAAUCCACCCUGGCUUCCGAAACGGAGAUCGACCUCCAGAAAGAUAUUCCCAAGUACCAUGCGUGGUUGAAAAAGGCGAUUGAUCGGGGCUGUGGUUCGGCCUAUUUUGUGAAGGGCUGCAUGCACAUUAAGGGCGAGAAUGGUGUGGAGAAAUCGUACGAGAAGGCGAAGCACUAUAUCACGAUCGCCAGUCGCGCUCAGCCGGAGCUGAGCAAACGCGCGGUGCAGCUCCCCGCAAUGCUGGAGCAGUUGCGAAAGGAGGAGGAGGAGGCCGCUGGGAAGACGUCAAAGACGAAUCUGAAUCGCCUUUCUCAAAAUGUCGAGGAGGAGGACAGCUUGCAGGUGACGCCCUCCGUCGCACGGCUGAAUAUGCUGACCAAAGCAGCUCCCUCUGAGGUAGCUGGCGCGCCGAUUCGACGUUUUAAAAAAUCUUUUGGUGGCUCUGCCAGUCGAAGGUUGUUCUGGGAAAAAACCUGCAUGAUGGGGACGGUUGCGUAUGGUGUAUAUUCACUUGCCUUUCCACUUCGUGUUAUGAUUUUGCCUUUUGUUUACUCUAUUCUUGGCAGCAUUGUAGAGGUCGUUCCAUGGUUGGCAAAUCAAAACGCUGAUACUUCCUUGUUCUAA